GUUAUUAAGCAAACUAAUUUGUUAAUUAAAACAGUGCUGUGACAGUGUAGCAUCGCCUUCCUUCUUCUUCUGCUGUCAAAGACGGUGUGGAAUGGAAUAAUAUAUAAAAGAAACAAACAACAAGAACAACAAAGAACCAAAAAACAAUUAGCGUAGAUAUAUCGAUGCAGUGAUCUGAGAGAGAGACUUCUUGCAGUGAGCAUUGCUUCCGCACUGGCGCAAAUACCCAGUCACAAUAUAGUUCCCGGAAAAACGCAGUCGGUCGUUGAAGGAUUCUGCUUUCGAUAUGAAAUCCCUGCUAGAUUGUCUUUUUCGCUUAAAUAUAAUGUAUGUUUCUGUUUUCGUCUUCGCUCCGUAUAUUUUAUUGUAACAGUGACCUUCAGCAGCAUCUGUGAUUAGUAGUUGUUGUAGUAGUAAUAAUAAUAUUAUUAAUAAUAAUAAUAAUUAUUAUUAUUAUUAUUAUUAUUUAAAAUAAUGGUGAUGAAGAUGAUAAUGAAAUCAUUGUCCCCACGAACUGAUAACCCGUGUACGCGAUACUAAAACCUUCAUGUUCACCAGUGGUGUCUGUGUUCCUCGGUGUGUCUGUAACACUUAGUCGUAUCUUCCUCUGACGUGAUGGUCGCAGCGAAAAACGAAAGUAACUGAUCACUGGAUUACUAAAAUAAUCUCAUUUCACUGUUACACACACACACCGAUUCAUAAAUACACACACACGCACGCACACACACUUUCUUUGUGUAUAUACACAUGUAUACAUGAUAUACAUAUGUGCGCGUGUAUACAUCUACAUGUUUAAAUAAACCUCCGUCAGAUAGAACUGGGCAUACAAAGAAGAUUCAAACUUCCUGUCAAAUGGUAUAACAACCCAGUUCUCAAGCAGGACAGUUCCUUGCUUUCAUUUCCAGUCUGCUACUCACUCUGAGCCUAUGAAUUGCAUAAUUUUUCUGUCAUCCUCGUAAAUGCAGGAGGCUUUUGCAUGGUUGCAUUCAACCUGCUAAAUAUAGUAGCUGAAACUCACUCAGAUCUUACCCUACUAUCUUAAAAAGAAAGAAAGUACACAUUCUCUCAUGCAGUCUUGGAUACACUACUAUCGUAAGAUGGGAUGGUGAUGGACAUAAUGUCUUUGAUCAUUGGUGUAUUUAACCAGAUCUGACCUGGGGCUAAACAGUAUUUAAGAAGUUUCAUUGAAUAGUUUCAAGAUGUUAGACUGGACCUACGCUGGCGUGGACUACAAUAUUCCUGGAAAUGGGGGGCGUGACUGUUUGAAGUUCCUCAGUGGAUUUCAGCGUGUUGUGGAAAGUAUUUUUGCAAUGGUGAUUUCAAUAAAGUUUAUAACUCGUGGAUAUAGGAAUAUUGUCAUACCAAAACAAUUGCCCAACUGGAUUGAACGAACUUCAAUAAUAAAAAGACUUUUGCUCAUCACACAUUGUUUAGUAUUUGGUAUUGAACUGGGAUUUAAGUUGGCUACCCAGCAAAUGAUCUGGGUGCUAAACCCUUGUCAUAUUAUUACUAUCGUGCAGAUUUAUUUAUUGGCUGCACCACCCAGCAUCUUCACAUGGGCAACCUUCAGGCUCCACAUGUACAUGUUGUCUGGGGCACCGUUGGCCUUGUUCUUCCCAGUAAUCAACACUCGAUUGUUGGUGUUUGAAAAAGAAGUCUACUACUUACAACAUACUUUAAUGUUGAUUGUUCCAAUCUAUCUUCUGAGAUUGGGAGGUAUCUACACAUGUGAAGAGAUGAGUGACCUCAGCUGGGCUUUUGUUGCGAUUGGAAUUCUUAUAUUUUACCAUUUUAUACCACUACAGAUAAUUGCCAGUCUCUCCUCUGUCAAUCUCAACAAUAUACUAUGCCCUGCUGUCUCGGAUCCAUUCUCUGGUCAGAUGUAUCGCAUCAUAGCUAUUCUCCACCAAGCUAUUUGCUUACCUUUCUUGGGAAAAUUACUCAACUGGAUUGGCCUUCAAAUUUCUUUGGACAAGUCUACUUCAUCGACUCAUCUUGAAAACUCAGAUAACCUUGAUAAAAUGUCAAACAAACAGUUGUCAAAGGAAAGUUCUUGUGAUCAAAACAUAUCAAAAAUUACUAAUGAUGAUACAAGUUCAUCCCGCAGUGAAUCUCCAGCUAUACAUCAUACGUGUAAUUGUAAAACAGUAAGAUUACGCAACAAGGAAAAUCAGUCCAGUAAUCAAGAUCCUGAUCUCUCAAACUCACCUGUGGAUUCCAAUCCUGUAUUUUGAUGAUUGCCUUUUUGAGGAAUGGUCUUUGUGAAUUAAAGAAGUCCUCAACAAAUGUAUGCUUUUAUUCAGCACUAUAAAAAUCAGCUACUUUGUAUGAAAUAUUCCACUAAUCAUUAACCCUAGUUCACAAAUUAUUUUCUAUAAAUUAUUGAAGGUUUUUAAAUUAAUUCAUUUUCAUUCCAAAUUUUAUAAAAUAAAUGUACCCAUGAAAAUUUUCAAGAAAUAUUGUCCAAUAAAUGCUAAUCUCCUGUAUAAAGAAUAUUUAAUUGAAACAAAGUUAAGGGGUGUAUUUAAAUUUUUCCUUUGCUCGCUAUUUGUAUGUAUGUCUAGUCAUAAGAUGAAAUAAUAUAGUUUGUCCUAAUUACAUUAAUUUAUCUUUUAUUCUGUGCUACUUUUCUAUGACAUAAUACCCUGUCUAUCUGUUAAUUCAUCAACUGUUGUCGAUGAUGAAAGUAAUGAUAAUUUUUUAAAAUUCCUUAAAUAGGAUUAUUAGUCUGCAAAUCAGACACUAAAGAUAUGGGCUUGCAGCUUCUACUGCCACUUUAUUUUCUUGAGCUUACAGUAAUAUCAUCUCAUCCUUAUCAUCCUAGUCAAGUUAAACCUGACCUAGAUUUUUAUAUCUGCCAUCCUUAUAUUUAUCAAAGUCACUUUAGUAACACUGGAAACACAUGCUUGCAAGGCUCUGAUUUCUUUCAACCUCAUUGGGCAGGUUUCUUUGUGACAAGGUAACCAAGUCCCUACCUAUUCUGGCUCUUUAGCUUUCUACUAACUGAAUUUUUCGUGUUGUUCUUCACCAAUAGCUUUUAAUUUUUUUAGUCUUUGAUUACAAAAUAAAAAUGAUAUUAAUUGAUAAAUGUUAUGAUUGCAUUAACAAUGAUAGUUCAUUAGACUCAGAAGGAUUACUGAAACUAGACACAAACCUAGAACAUAGACAAAGUGUUUUUUUUUUGUGCGUGUGGGUUUGCAAAUGACCCAUUAUAAAGUAGAUUGGUUCAUAACUGGUUCAUAUGUUUCUCUAAACAUAUCUUCUCUAUUACCAGUUUUAUAUUGCUAAUACCUUAAUGUUGAUACAGAAAAGUAGAGUAGGAACCUCUGUGGUAACAUUGCUAUGGUAGCAAUAAUUUUAUUUUGUUACAUUGAGACCGCAAGGGCAGUGCCCUUUAUUCUCAAUUUAUUUAUUCUUCCUAUUAUAUAUAUAUUUUUUUUUUUGAUCUUCGUCAACUGGGAUGGAGGAUCAGGAUAACCAGGUGAGAUUUAUUGUGGUUGAUAUAUCGAAUUUCAAUUGUUACUGGUUAGUAGUUGAAAGAAAUGGUUAUCACCAAUUAAUUUUGACUGUCACAGAAUCUUAUUUAUAUAAACCUCUUUGUAAACAACGACAAAAGAAAUUUAUUUUAUUUUUUUCUCAGUUUAUUUUCAGCUGUUUUUUUUUGUUUUUUUUUUUCAUUUUAUUUUACUCAUUAAUAUUAAAAGAAUGGAAGCAUAA